AUGUUGCGCUUAUUUGCCGCGCAUGCGGCGCAGCAAUUUCAGCGUCACGCCGCCAAUCGCGCGUUCAGCGCGCUCGCCGCUUCCGCUGCCGGCGGAAUGGGCGGCGUCGCGGCGCGCAGGUGGGGUAGCGUAUGGAAAAAAUGCCGGCCGGACGCAGCCGCUGCUCCCACCACCGCCUCCAACGCACCGUUCGUUUGCACACAAGCCCCGUAUCCGUCCAACGUUGAUCUCGAUUUCACGCAGCUCACGCCACUGGCGUUCGCAAGGCGCUUCAGCGCCGGUCCCGCCGCAUCUGGCGGCGACAUCGGCGUGGAGAGCGCCAAUAAGCCGCCCGAUAAGGCCGCUGCAAGCAGUGGCAUUGGCAGUGCGGACAACAUCUACCUUCAUCACACCAAGUACGCCGUAGGUUCCAACGUGCAAGCCGCUGCGGUUACCAUCGGCUUGAUUCACGCGCUCGAGCCGCUCUCCCCCGGAAUUGGCUACUUCCGCCCGAUCGACUGCACCACGCACGGCGGGAACCGCGCGGAGCUCAUGCGGAAGAUCUUCCGCCUAUCCCCCCCCGCGCGCGACAUGUACGGCGUUACGCAGGACCGCGCGACCACUCUCCUACACGCGAAUCGCGUGGACGACUUACUUGACGAUGUGCUGAUGUCAUACGAGCGGUGCCGACGCGAGCACGAUUUCAUGGUGGUGGAAGGGACGUCUUGA